GCAUCUUGGCACAACAAUAAUCAUGAUCGGUCAAAAGCCCAUUUUUCAAAUAGACAACUAAAUUAAUCGAGUGUUGUGUCUCCGUAUUGGCAGUUAUGUUCUCGUGUUUUAACCAGAUACAUUUUUCUUCUGCAGCCUAUCAGUAAUGCUUUUUUUUUUACAUUGAAAUGAACAGUAACUGUUGAUGUGCGCACAACUAAAACAACACACGUCGUUGUUGAUUAUUGGGAUCUCCUAUGUAUCUGUAGCGGAGUUGUUGUUUUUUUGUCGACAGAAAACUGACAUCGCUACCGUAGUUAAAUUCACGUCGUCAGUCUUUUUACCUUAUUGAUAUUUCCACAUCAGAUGACAUCCUGUCUGUAGACUAUUGAUGUGGAAUACCUACUGGUCAGCACAGCAUAGGAAAUAUUGGACGGAAUUAUGCAAACGUCAUAAUGUGUAAACGUGUUCCGAAAGGAAGCCUCCUACACUUGGUCUUCUGGGAUUUUUUUUAUGUAGCUUAAUUAAUCAAGACAAUAUGAUGAAUCUCGGCAACCAGCCAUGAGGCCUGAUGGAGCUGGGCACUCGACGAGCGCUGACCACUGAGGAACACCCACCACACUCUGCCCCCCACUGCCAGCCUUGAAGGGAGGGACCCUCUGCUUCUCCCCCCCCCCCCCCCCUUAUCCCCUUCCCUUCUCCCCUCCUCCUCCUCUACUCCAACAUUACCUCCUCUGAUACACCUCCAUCCUCACCCCUCCGUGGUCCUGAGAUGGUGAUGAUGGGGAAGCUGAAGCAGAACCUGCUGGUGGCCUGUCUGGUCAUCAGCUCAGUCACAGUCUUCUACUUGGGUCGUCACGCCAUGGAGUGUCACCACCACAUCGAGGAGCGCAGCAGCCAGCCUGGGGACCAAGGGGUUCUGGGGGGCCUUCAGGGGCCGGGAGGGGUCCUCCUGGGCGGCUCGCUGGGCUCCUCCGCCAUCCUGCGGGGCUCCAGACCCGGGGGCCAUAACCUCUCCGCUCCAUUCGUCUACAACAAGGACAUGCCCCUAGUGUUCAUUGGAGGGGUUCCCAGGAGUGGGACCACGUUGAUGAGAGCCAUGCUGGACGCUCACCCCGAGGUUCGUUGUGGAGAGGAGACCAGGGUUAUUCCACGUAUCCUGGCCAUGAAACAGAUGUGGUCGCGGUCGGGGAGGGAGAAGAUGCGUCUGGACGAGGCCGGGGUGACGGACGAGGUCCUGGACGCCGCCAUGCAGGCCUUCCUCCUGGAGAUCAUCGUGAAGCACGGCGAGCCCGCCAACUUCCUCUGUAACAAGGACCCCUUUGCUCUGAAGUCCCUCUCCUACCUGGCUAAGAUCUUCCCGCACGCCAAGUUCGUGCUCAUGAUCCGGGACGGACGCGCCUCGGUCCAUUCGAUGAUCUCGCGUAAGGUGACGAUCGCUGGCUUUGACCUGGGCAGCUACAGAGACUGCCUGACCAAGUGGAACAGGGCCAUAGAGACCAUGUACACUCAGUGCCUGGAGGCCUCAGACAAGUGCCUGCCGAUGCAUUAUGAACAGCUGGUGCUCCAUCCAGAGAAGUGGAUGAGGACGCUGCUCAAAUUCCUGGACAUUCCCUGGAAUGAGGCGGUGCUUCACCACGAGGAACUCAUAGGGAAAGCAGGUGGUGUUUCCCUCUCCAAGGUGGAGAGGUCUACAGACCAGGUGAUCAAGCCGGUCAACGUGGAGGCCUUAUCCAAGUGGGUGGGCAAGAUCCCUGCGGACGUACUGAGAGACAUGCCCGUCAUCGCCCCCAUGUUGUCCCGUCUGGGGUACGACCCCCACGCCAACCCUCCCAACUACGGCCGGCCAGACCCCAAGGUCCUUGACAACACCAGGAGGCUUCAGAAGACUCCAGAGAAACCUACACCCCAGUUAGGGGAGAAGCAGAUGAACCAUCAUUCUCUUCCAGACCAGAGAAUUCCCAUAAUGCCCACAAGUCUAACAAGUCUAUCUUCUUCUUCUUCUUCUCUCCAGCUUCAGAAGACUCCGGAGAAACCUAACCCGCCACAGAGCCAGACUAGGCAGCGAUGGACAGAGGAAGAUAUCCAAUAAACUCAGCAUCAUCUUUUGGGGACCUUCGUGCUCUUCCAUGGACACGACUUGAUAUAACCGUUUUCAUCACACACACGCACACACACACACACACACGUGUUGGCCUGUGUCAGUGGGGGACCGGACCACCUUGGCUUGGAGAACUCUUUUGGCCUUCGAUGUUGUACUGUAAACUAAUGAUGUGUUUUGUCACUAAAAUGGUGACCAGAAAAUGUUGAUGUUAUGUUUCUUUCUUGUCUAGGGCUGCAAAAUUCUGGCAAAUUUCAAAAGAUUCCUAGAUUUUUUUCCAGAAAUCUCAUUUGGAAGAUUCCGGAGUUCAGCAAGAAAUCUGUAAUCCUACAACAACUAGGAUUUCCUGAAAACAUUUUGAAAUUUGAGGGAAAGUUUGCAGAAUUUUGCAACACUAUUCUUGUCACACCAUGCUCAUCUGGAUUUGUAGUUUUUAUGAUUUUCUUCUGGCUAUAUAAAAAAAAAUAAUAAUCUGUGAUUCUGUUGUAAGAAACUACAGUGGACUUUAAAUGUAAAUCUAAAAAAAAAAGUACAGUAUUUAUAGAUGAAAUUUAGCUUUUUGAAGAUGCUAUAUCUAUUUUAAUGUUUCAUUUUGUUUUUGUCAUUUUGCCUUUUGUAUCGUGCAAUUCCAUGGGUACUGUGAUGUACAUGAUCCUAGUUAAGUAUUGACAGUGAUAAAGAUGGCAUUUUGUAACGUG